AUUUCUGUCCAAUGAGCAUCCUCACUUUUCAGAUCGUGGGCGUUUCCGUGUCCACUCCUCCUGCCGACACCGGGAGCUAGCGUGUGCAGCAGCCGUCCAUUAGCAGUAACGCCACCACGACGGACUGCAACAUUGUCAUUGCUGCCGUGAAGACAUUUCUCAGCUCGGUCAUUCACUGGAUAUAGGAGUCACCACGGCAUCUGGAACAACAAUGCCUCCUCCAAUGCGCCACCGGUCCAUGCGCGUCUUCAUGAACGAUGACCGCCAUGUCAUGGCCAAACACUCUGUCAUCUACCCGACGCAGGAGGAACUGGAGAGUGUACAGAACAUGGUAUCCCACACAGAACGGGCCCUCAAGGCUGUCUCUGACUGGCUGGAUAAGCAGGAGAAGGGAACGUCCAAGUCCGACUCUGAUAGCGCGGACACCGAUAAGGAAAGUGAGCACAGAGAUCAGGCCACCCGCUCUCUGCGUGGCGUAAUGAGGGUGGGCCUGGUUGCCAAAGGUCUGCUGCUGAAGGGGGACCUGGACCUGGAGCUGGUGCUCCUCUGUAAGGAGAAGCCGACCACCAAUCUGCUGAAGAAAGUGUCUGAAAACCUUCUUGCGCAGCUCAAGGUGAUCACAGAAGACAAGUAUGUGGUGACCCAGCACAUCUGUGAGGCCAGCAUUGUCAUCAAGAACACCAAGGAGCCCCCUCUCACCCUCACCAUUCACCUGACCUCCCCUUUGGUUCGUGAGGAGAUCGAGAGGGCCGCUACUGGAGAAUCGCAUUCAGUCAACGAUCCCCCGGAAGUUCUGGACAGGCAGAAAUGCCUAACUGCCUUGGCGUCUCUCCGCCACGCUAAGUGGUUCCAGGCCAGAGCUAACGGGCUGCGCUCCUGCGUCAUCGUCAUCCGGACCCUAAGGGACCUCUGCGCUCGCGUCCCCACAUGGGCCCCGCUUCGUGGCUGGCCACUGGAGUUGAUCUGUGAAAAAGCCAUCGGCACAGGGAACCGGCCCAUGGGGGCAGGAGAAGCUCUGCGGAGAGUUUUAGAGUGUCUGGCUUCAGGAAUCCUCAUGUCUGAAGGUGCUGGAAUUUCCGAUCCAUGUGAGAAAGAGCCCACAGAUGCUAUCGGUCACUUGGACCACCAGCAGAGAGAAGACAUCACAGCGAGUGCACAACAUGCCUUAAGGCUGUCAGCUUUCGGACAGCUUCACAAAGUGCUUGGAAUGGAUCCCCUUCCCUCAAAGAUGCCCAAGAAACCUCGUAGUGAGACUCCUAUUGAUUACACAGUGCAAAUCCCACCCAGUACGGCGUACGCCCCACCAAUGAAGAGGCCCAUUGAGGAAGAGGAGGGAAUCGAUGACAAGAGUCCAAAUAAGAAGAAGAAAAAGCUGCAGAAGAAAUCUCCAGAGGAGAAGGCCGAGCCUCCCCAGGCUAUGAACGCUCUGAUGAGGCUAAAUCAGCUGAAGCCUGGUCUCCAGUACAAACUGGUUUCUCAGACCGGCCCAGUUCAUGUCCCAGUCUUCACUAUGGCUGUAGAAGUGGAUGGCAAGACCUUUGAGGCUUCUGGUCCAUCCAAACGCACUGCCAAGCUGCACGUAGCUGUAAAGGUCCUCCAGGACAUGGGCCUGCCCACAGGAGUGGAACUGAAGACUGCUGAGAUGAUAAAAUCGGAGGAGGCGGUCGUAGCUGUCACUGUGGAAGAAUUGAAGCCAGUCAUAGCGCCCAUUGAAACGACCACCACUGCCACAGGAGCAGCCAAUGCAGACAUCAGUGAUGCUGUAGAGACUGCUCGCCAACAGGGACCAAUACUGACUAAACAUGGCAAAAACCCCGUGAUGGAGCUGAACGAGAAGCGCCGCGGCCUGAAGUACGAGCUCAUCUCGGAGACCGGCGGCAGCCACGACAAACGCUUUGUCAUGGAGGUGGAGAUCGACGGUCAGAAGUUUCAGGGGACAGGAUCCAAUAAGAAGGUGGCCAAGGCUUACGCUGCACUGGCUGCACUGGAGCGACUCUUCCCUGAGGGCUCUAUGGUCGAGGCCCCGAAGAAGAAGAAAGGACCACCCAUGCACACUCAAGGCUUCGGCAUGAUGGGAGCCGGAGACUCUGCGCCGUCCAGGGGCCGAGGGAGAGGAGGGCGAGGUCGUGGAAGGGGCAGGAGCUUCAAUAAUGGAGGAGGCUAUGGCCAAGGAGGUGGCUUCGGAACAUAUGGUUACGGGAACAAUGCUAACUCCGGAUACAAUUACUACAACAAUGGUGGCACAAAUGGAGGAGCCGGGGCCUCAAGCAGCCCAUCCGGAGGCCCUCCAGCAUGCACAGCGCCAGGAUCCUCUCAGAGCUCCUAUGGUUCAUACUACCAUAAUGAUGGAGCCUACACUGCCCCUUCUGCUCCGAAACUCCUCAAAAAGAAACCCCCCAUGCACAAGGCAGGGAAUAUAAUAUUUCCAGGUCCACCAUGCGCGAACAUUGGAUCUGCAGACGGGUACCAGCAGUCCAGCAGCCCCCCAGGGCUGGGCUCCUAUAACCCGUAUGGCCAGGGCUAUGGGCAGGUAAAGAAGAGUUUCAACCUGAACCAGGGAGGGGCAGGUGGAUACCCGUACAGCACUGCUUAUCCAAGCCAGGUGACGGGGGGUGCUGGAGGUAGCCAGGACUACAGUUAUGAAGGUUUCAACAACCAGUCGAAUUACAACUCACCGGGAUGUGGCGGUGGUGGUGGAGGAGGAGGAGGAGGAGGAGGUGGUGGUGGUGGUGGUGGUAUUGGUAUUGGAGGAGGCGGCGGCGGUGGCAACAACAACAAUAACAACCAGGGCUUUGGCACCAACAACUCUCAGUACCACAACCCAGUGGGCUACGGCAGGGGAGACUGCAGCAUGAAUUACCAGUACAGAUAAACUCUAUCACUCGGUCUGUGAAUCAUCGGCACUAAGCACCCUGCAUCAGUGUCUCGAGCCUUCUCCAAAGAAAGUGAUUGACGGCUUGCCUGUGCUCUCGGCCUUUUCCAUGUUUGCUUCUAAUGUGCUUUUGGAUUUAUAUGUAGCACAUGUGGGCACAAAUUGAGUUGUCUGGACUCUGUAAGUGUCAGAGCAGAGUUGCGGCUAAAUUUAGUGGUCUGUUUCGGUGGUCUGGUCAGUGCUUAGUCUUGUGUUUUUUAGUUCUUUUAUUUUAUUUUUAUUUAUGCUACCAGUCCUCAUCACUAAAUGGGAAGGCUGAUUCUCGCUCACUAACUCUGACUUGAUUUCCCUUCUUAUGAAGAGUUGUGUGGCGACAGCCUUUUUUUCUUCUUUUUUCUUCUUCCAGUAACAUCUUGUGGUUUUAAACUACGAAGGUUGUUGUAUUUUUUGUAAUGAUUGAAUAGACCCGACUAGCUUGUUUUCUGCAUUGCUUGUAAUUUCGGCUUAUUUUGUAAUUUACCUAAUGUGAUGUAGUUAUUUUAAUAAAUGGUUUUGGAGGUUACUGGAAAACACCCUUACAUUCUGAUGUUAAAUCCACAUUUCUGCUCAAUGUAGCUUUAUCAUUGGGUGAGAUUUGGUCCUGUUAAUGUAUAACAAAGUGUGUUUGUAUUAAUAAAUGAUUUUUAUUUUGAAUGGAA